AUAUAUUUACUGUUGUUAAAAAUGGAACAAAUUUCAUCGACAUUUCCAUUUCAGGAUGGAUUGCUGCAUUUUUCUCCCAUUUCUGCACGGCAGCAAACCAGACCGCCGGUUUCCGACCACAACAGUAAUCCUUUGCUGGUUUUUGAUCUUCUUAAGGGUGACGAUGAUGUCGUCCCGACCAUGAAACAUAACGUCGUACUACAACAACAUCAGCAGCUGCAGCAGAGGAACCCUAAUAAUCCUCACCAGGAGAGGAAGAUUAUACGGCGGGACGUUGAACGGCAACGGAGGAAGGAGAUGGGUGGCCUUUACAAAAGUCUGGUUGGAUUAAUCCCUUAUGAGUAUAUUAAGGGAAAGCGUUCAACGUCGGACCGUCUGCAGGAGACGGUGAGGUACGUGAAAGAUCUGAGAAAGAGGGUGGAGAAGCUGAGCGCGAAGAGAGAUGAACUGAAAGGGGUUACGGAGGCGGCGGCGGAUUUAUCGUCAAACUCGCUACUCCGUCCGGCAGCAGCGUCAUCAUCGAGCCUGAUGAAGGGUCGGGAUGAAUGCAAUAAUAAUAAUAAUAAUAAUAAUGACGAACAGAGCAGAAGAGUAACGGUGAAGGCUUGCAGGGCAGGAGUGGAGGUCACCGUUAACGUUGGCGCCCAGAAAAUCAAAGGUGGCGGCGGCGUGUCCCUGUCGAAGAUACUUAAGGUGCUUGUCGGAGAUGGGCUGUCCAUUAACAACUGCUGUUCCAUCAAAGUCAAUGAUAGGCUGCUUCAAACUAUUGAGGCUGAGGUGAUUGGAGGGGGGAGCAUUGAUCCAACUCAGCUGGAGCAGAAGCUGUCCGUGUUAGUAUAUAAUCAUGGUGGUUUUUAAUUUAGAAAUAUUAAUUUAUGUUGUUGGGUUGAUUAAUUAUUAUUAGUAUUAUUUUUUUUUCAUUAGCUUCAUAG